GAUAUCCGCUGUCUCAUUUGAUCCAGUUUCAGAUGUUUUAUGGGCUGGCAACGAGGUUGGUCAAGUGUGCGCGUAUUACAGAAAUCGGAUGCGAGGUGUUGCAUUCACCGUGGGUGAAGGAUACGUUUCUUCGCUAUCCAUAAGCGAUCAGCACAUAUAUGCGAUGUCGAUUGCCGGCCAGGGGUUGGGAGCCUGGAGCAGAGGAGGGGUGAACAACACCCCUGCGAAUACUUCAAUUUCUACUUUCACAAAUAGAGCAUCAACUUUGAUUGCAGUCUCCAACAAGGCCGAGUUCCUUGCCCUCAAUACCAGCACUGGCAAGAUCAUUCGACAGGUUCCAUGUCCACCUCAAGUUGUCGUUCUUCACGCAUCGCACUCCUUGAUACUCUCAGGGUCGUCAGAUGGAUUUAUACGAACUCAUGACUUCAGAACGUCAAUGAAGCGGAAUUCUGGGAGCGAGAACAUGAUUCGGGCACAUCAAGGUAGUGUCCGGGCUAUCAAUUCGAGUGGUAACUGGAUUUAUACUAUCGGUUGGAAUAUUCGGUAUAGUGUUUCCCCUGCAGCAAAGG